GUACAUUACUUGUCAUGUAUGCUAACGUCAAACUUGCAUUGUUUUAUUUUAAAUAACCUAACAUUUCUUUUUAUUUAAAUAUAUAAACAGAGAAUUUAAAAAUGAGAUACCUAUUUUUAUCAAGUUGUGAGAAAAACUUUAUACAUAGAAUAAUAUCUGAAGGACAUCGUUUAGAUGGGAGAAAUUAUAACGAAAGCCGAAAUUUACAAAUAUCAUUUGGCUCAGAAUAUGGUAGUUGCAUAGUAUCGCUCGGGGAAACAAAAGUACUCGCCCAAGUGACAUGUGAAGUUACACAGCCAAAACAAAUUCGCCCUAAUGAAGGGAUUCUAUAUAUUAAUGUUGAAAUAAGUCCAAUGGCCGCACCUCAGUUUGAAGCUAAUAGACAAACUGAUCUUACAGUGUAUUUGAAUAGAUUACUUGAGAAGUGCUAUAAAGAUUCUAAAUGUAUAGACCUAGAGUCCUUGUGUAUAGUUGUUGAAGAGAAGGUAUGGUCACUAAGAGUGGACAUAAAGGUGUUGAAUCAUGCAGGAAACCUCGUGGAAUGUGCCAGUAUUGCAGCACUAACAUCUUUAGCUCAUUUCAAGCGUCCAGAUGUAACAAGAAGUGGGGACAGUGUCAUCAUACACACAUUAGUUGAGAAAGACCCAAUUCCAACAGUACUUUACCAUUAUCCAGUGUGUUUGACAUUUGCAAUAUUUCAAAAUAAUAUACUAUUAUCAGAUCCCAGUUUUAUAGAAGAAUGCGUAUGUGCCAGUGGUACUGAAGAAGUUAAUAGUAGCGGUGGACUUCUAGUAGUUGGAAUGAACCAGUACAGGGAAUUGUGUUUGCUGAAUUUAUCUGGAGCCGCUUUAUAUGACUCUAGUAUAGUACAUAAAGCUAUCAAAAGUGCAGCAGACAGGUGUAAGGAAAUUGUUGAUACUGUAAAGAAAACUAUAAUGAACGAUGACACAAUGAGGCAAAAACGCGUCAGAAUAAAUUUCUCUGAUAUAAUAACGAGUGAUCAUGUACUGUCCCUUAAUAAGAAAGAUCUCAACAUUCGUCUUAAGAAUUAUAAUGCUGAUCUACCUAAAUGCGACGAUGAAGAAAUGAUAGAAGAAUUUGAAGAUGAAAAGCCAGAACCGAGCAAAUAUGAUGUUGUACCAUCACUGCCACAAACUGCAGAAAUAAUAGCAAAGAAAGGUGCAUCAACAUGGAUUGAGAUUUCUUCAGAAUCCGACGAAGACUGAAUUUAAAAAUGUACAAUAUUUUUUUGUUGAAUAAAAUGACACAUUACUUU